GAGGAAUCAAAGAUGAACUUGGAGCAGGAGAGGCCUUUUGUCUGCAGUGCCCCAGGCUGCUCACAGCGUUUUCCAACAGAGGAUCAUCUGAUGAUUCACAGGCACAAACAUGAAAUGACUUUGAAGUUUCCUUCAAUAAAAACAGAUAAUAUGUUAUCAGAUCAGACUCCUACACCAACACGCUUCCUGAAGAACUGUGAGGAAGUUGGCCUCUUCAAUGACAUCGAUUGCUCCCUAGAGCACGAGUUUAGGAAGGCACAAGAGGAAGAGAACAACAAAAGGAAUAUCUCCAUGCAUAACACAGUUGGAGGAGCAAUGGGAGGACCUGGAUCUCACCAGCUGACAAAUACAAGGAUGCCAAACCAUGACACCAGCGUUGUGAUUCAACAAGCCAUGCCAUCUCCACAGUCCAGUUCAGUCAUUACGCAAGCACCUUCCACAAAUCGACAGAUUGGGCCUGUCCCAGGUUCUCUGUCUUCACUACUGCACCUACACAACCGACAAAGACAGCCUAUGCCUGCCUCUAUGCCUGGCACCCUGCCCAACCCCACCAUGCCUGGAUCUUCUGCUGUACUCAUGCCUAUGGAGCGACAAAUGUCAAUGAACUCCAACAUCAUGGGGAUGCAGGGGCCGAACCUCAAUAAUCCGUGUGCUUCACCUCAAGUACCCCCAAUGCAUUCAGAAGCCAAAAUGAGACUGAAGGCAGCACUGACUCAUCAUCCUGCCGCCAUGUCGAACGGGAAUAUGAACACCAUGGGCCACAUGAUGGAAAUGAUGAGCUCGCGGCAGGACCAGACGCCCCACCAUCAUAUGCACUCACAUCCUCAUCAGCACCAGACGCUGCCACCUCAUCACUCCUACCCGCACCAGCACCAGCACCCAGCGCACCACCCUCACCCUCAGCCUCACCACCAGCAGAACCAUCCCCACCACCACUCCCACUCGCACCUUCACGCGCACCCGGCACAUCACCAGACGUCGCCGCACCCCCCGCUGCACUCGGGCGGACAAGCACAGGUUUCGCCAGCAGCACAGCAGAUGCAGCCCACGCAGACGAUACAGCCGCCACAGCCGACUGGAGGUCGCCGGAGGAGAGUGGUGGACGAAGACCCGGAUGAGAGGAGGCGGAAAUUUCUGGAAAGAAACCGAGCCGCCGCCACGCGCUGCAGACAGAAGAGGAAGGUCUGGGUGAUGUCACUGGAAAAGAAAGCAGAAGAGCUCACCCAGACAAACAUGCAGCUUCAGAAUGAGGUUUCCAUGCUGAAAAAUGAGGUAGCACAGCUGAAACAGUUAUUGUUAACACAUAAAGACUGUCCGAUAACAGCUAUGCAGAAAGAAUCGCAAGGAUAUCUAAGUCCCGAGAGCAGCCCUCCUGCGAGCCCGGUCCCAGCUUGCUCCCAGCAGCAAGUCAUCCAGCAUAACACCAUCACGACCUCCUCCUCCGUCAGUGACGUCGUGGGAAGCUCCACUCUCACCCAGCUCGCCAGCCACAGAACAGACAUCAACCCCAUCCUUUAAAAGUGGUUGAUCAGAAACUGCAAGGGGAGUGUGGUAGCGUAUCAAAGCAUCCUCUGUGCUAAGGACAUUUGCAACUGUAACUCAAGCCUGGAAGAUUCCUCAGUUCUUGAAAGACUCUGGCUUUCAUUUUUAUAGUUAUUAAAAUGUCUUUUAUACUUAGUUACAUAAAAGGGAGUUAUGCAAUUAAUAUGCUAUCAGCUUGAGAAAUGCUUUGGUGCUUUCUCCAGUUUUUUUGGUACCAGUUACUUGUUUAUAAACCUAACUGUUUCUGUACAUAGUCACGCUUCCUUUUCACCAGUCUAGCCUGAAGCUCAGAAAUACGGAGUUGUGUUAAACUGCAGCUUGUUAGCCAAUGUGAGGCAUGAAAAGUAUUAAACAGAGUCAUAUGUAGGUAACUAGGAGUAAUUAGGCUAUAAAUAUAGAGAGAGGGCAUCUGCUGACAGCAUAAUAAAAAAUGAGUUAGCGUUGUGCUAUCAGCCGACCCUGUCUUGUAUUCAGAGCCUCUUUCAAAGCAGUUACAUAGGAUGUGGCUGUCAGGACAAAACCAAGCCCAAAUAACGUGCUCCUUUGUCUAGCCUUCCCCCCUCUCCUCUCUCUCCUACCCUGCCCUUGUUCUCCUCCGGUUAUUCUUACACCCUCCUUUCCCCUUCC